UGGAUGAUGAUGCUGGACCAGAGAGCGGGUCCAGAAGGGCCGCUUCAGUGCCGCACACACUCAACCCUCUCCGCGCACUAACUGACGUGUUUUGCGCAUUUCCUGGACCAGCCUUCAGACACACUCAGUCAGGAGAAAAAGAGGCAGGUCUGCAGGAAACUGAGUACCGACGGUCAAACAAGAACCCUGGGAGAAGCAAGCGAGCACGGAACCCUUGAAAACACUCGUCCACGUUCUCCAGUCUGGGGGGAAUCGAACGACACUUUGCGGGGAUAACUUUCCUCCCAAUGCGCGGAGGAGACGCAUCCAGCAGCGCUCCAGCCAGACGAGGGAACAGGCUCACCCUGAGGAGAUCCAGCAAAUAUUUCUGGCAUAUUUUGAGGUGUGGAAUGCUGGUCGUAUCGGUGUUGAUACACCGUAGCUCUCCUUUUUCGCUCCAACUUGCAUUGACUGCCUACAGGGGUGUUUGGACAGCUUCAAGAUCACAUGCAGGUUAUCCGUAGGUCAUAGCAAUAGAUUUCCUUUCUGUCUGGACCUUCUACACUUUGCAUGCAGAUCCACGAGGACGACGAAGGGCAUUUUACCGUUGUUUCAAAAGGAGAAACAAUCCAGAAAUCAAACCGGUGGACCGUGACAUACACUGGUUGAAUAAUUAACCAGGCGCCGAAGUGGAAUAUUCGUACUAAAGCUCUCGAAAGUGGCCAUGGUGGUCUUUAACGGUCUGCUGAAGAUUAAGAUCAGCGAGGCUUUGGACCUGAAGCCCACAGCCUGGUCUCUGAGACACGCCGUCGGCCCCAAGACGCAAACCUUCCUGCUGGACACGUACAUCGCACUCAACGUUGAUGAUUUUCGCGUGGGUCAGACCUCGACCAAGCAGAAGACCAACAGUCCCGUCUGGCACGAUGAGUUUGUAACGGAGGUGCACGACGGUCGGAAGAUCGAGCUGUCGGUGUUUCAUGACGCGCCGAUUGGCUACGACGACUUUGUAGCCAACUGCACCAUUCAGUUCGAGGAAUUGCUGCACAACGGCAGUAAACACUUCGAGGACUGGAUAGACUUGGAGCCAGAGGGGAAGGUCUUUGUCAUUAUUGACUUGUCCGGAUCAUCCAGUGAAGCAGGAAGCUGCAAAAAUGAGGAGCGUGUGUUUCGUGAACGCAUGCGUCCCAGGAAGAGGCAGGGAGCUGUCCGGAGGAGAGUGCAUCAAGUCAACGGGCACAAGUUCAUGGCCACCUACCUGAGACAGCCCACCUACUGCUCACACUGCCGCGACUUCAUCUGGGGUGUAUUAGGAAAGCAAGGGUAUCAGUGCCAAGUGUGCACCUGUGUAGUUCAUAAACGCUGCCAUGAGCUGAUCAUCACUAAAUGUGCAGGUCUGAAGAAACAGGAGGACACCACAGAGGAGGUGGGAUCUCAGCGCUUCAGCGUCAAUAUGCCUCAUAAGUUCCGGAUUCACAACUACAAAGUCCUCACGUUCUGUGACCACUGCGGUUCAUUACUGUGGGGUCUGCUGCGGCAAGGGCUGCAGUGCAAAGUUUGUAAGAUGAAUGUGCACAAGCGUUGUGAAAGUAAUGUAGCUCCUAACUGUGGGGUGGACGCCAGGGGCAUCGCCAAGGUGCUGUCCGACCUCGGAGUCACUCCAGAUAAACUCUCCGGCAGCGUCCAGAGGAGAAAAAAGAUCUCUCAGGGUCCAGAUCCACAACCCUCACCCAUAUCCCCACUGUUAGAAGAGGACCGAUCCAAAUCUGCACCUACAUCACCAUGUGACCAGGAUAUAAAGGACCUGGAGAACAUCAGGAAGGCACUUUCGUUUGACCAUCGAGGUGAAGAGCUAAAGCCAGCCUCGUCCUCCUCUCUGACCGAGGGAGAGUCAGAGGAGACGGGGGAGGCGAGAGAGAACGGAGAGGUGAAGACCGUCCAGACCAAAAGGAUGAUGCUGGAAGACUUCUCCUUCAUCAAAGUGCUCGGGAAAGGCAGCUUUGGCAAGGUGAUGCUGGCUGAGUUAAGAGGCACUGAUGAGGUUUUUGCGGUGAAAGUGUUGAAGAAAGACGUCAUCCUGCAGGACGAUGAUGUGGACUGCACCAUGACUGAGAAACGCAUCCUAGCCCUAGCCAGAAAACACCCUUAUCUUACCCAACUGUACUGCUGCUUUCAGACCAAGGACCGUUUGUUCUUUGUUAUGGAAUAUGUGAAUGGCGGAGACCUGAUGUUCCAGAUCCAGCGUUCACGCAAAUUCGAUGAAGCUCGUUCCCGGUUCUAUGCUGCUGAGGUGACCUCAGCCCUCAUGUUCCUGCACCAAAAUGGGGUCAUUUACAGGGAUUUGAAACUAGACAACAUUCUGUUGGACGCAGAAGGUCACUGUAAGCUGGCAGACUUUGGCAUGUGUAAGGAGGGAAUCCUGGAUGGCAUCACGACCACAACAUUCUGUGGCACACCAGAUUAUAUUGCCCCAGAGAUCUUGCAGGAGCUUGAGUACGGCCCAUCAGUGGACUGGUGGGCUCUAGGUGUGCUGAUGUACGAGAUGAUGGCUGGUCAGCCUCCUUUUGAAGCAGAUAAUGAAGAUGACCUUUUUGAGUCCAUUCUCCAUGAUGACGUCCUAUAUCCCGUGUGGCUCAGCAAAGAGGCCGUCAGCAUUCUUAAAGCGUUCAUGACGAAGAGUCCCAGUAAGCGGUUGGGUUGUGUUGUGUCCCAAGGACUGGAGGAAGCUAUUAAAGUGCAUCCAUUCUUCAAAGAGAUUGAUUGGGUACUUCUGGAACAGAGGAAGAUCAAGCCGCCAUUCAAACCACGUAUUAAAACCAAAAGAGACGUCAACAAUUUUGACCAGGACUUCACCCGUGAGGAGCCGGUGCUCACCCCGGUAGAAGACGCCAUUAUCAAGCAAAUCAACCAGGACGAGUUCAAAGGCUUCUCUUACUUCGGUGACGAGACUCUGUCUUAAAACUAAAGCCUCCAUCUCUUGCGCUGUACUUCGCACACAAGUGCGCUGCGAACGCUGUGAACGCCCAUGAGCUCACUGUAGACCAUCAUUCACCAAGAAUUAGAUGCUUUCAUUUAAAAGUAGACAGUUAGGCAUUACAAUUUUUCCUGCUGAACCCC